GCAAAACUCCAUUUUGAAAUUUCCAUCGACUAAAAACACAUAUGAUUGCACGGAACAAUUUAAAAAAAAUUUACCAAUUGUUUUCUAUCGAAUUCGGCAAUUAUUGCAAUUAGCGGUGUUAAUUCAGUGAAUUCGACAUUAGUGUAAUGUUUGCAAAUCGGUUUCAUUGACGGUUUCCCGAUAUAAAAACAAGAUCGUGGGCGUGUAAAAGUAGAGAGAAAAAAAAAGUUUUUCCGAAUUUCGUUUAUUAUUUUAACGCUGCGGGAUUCUGUUUUGAAGAAUGGUAAAAUAUACCUGAGCAUCGAAUUCUACCGGUUUGUUCGAAAGGACCUUAAAUUCAGUGUCAAAAUGUUCGUCUGAAACAAAUCCUCGCCAAUGUUGAUGGCUUUUGUUGUAUUUUGGGUACGUGCACCCGUCUAAAGAAAAAAGUUCGUGCAAAACAAAUCAUUCGAGCUGGCUGAGCCCACAAUAAAAGUCCACUUUGUGCAUCGACUGAGAAUUCGAGUUGUUCGCCAACCGUAAUCUUCCAAAAGCUGAACAAACUGAUCGACUGACGUCUUUAACACAGUCCACAUCCGUCUUCCUUUAAACUUUCGGCUUAACAUUUUGAUUAGUAUACUACGUUGAGGUGAACAUGGAUGAAAAUAAAUUAUCGGGCGAAACAAAAGUUAUUUAUCACAUCGAUGAUGAAACGACACCGUAUUUGGUUAAAAUACCAUUGCCAUCGUCUCAAGUUACGCUGAAGGAUUUCAAAAUGGUUUUAAACAAACAGAACAGCAACUACAAAUACUUCUUCAAAUCUAUGGACGCUGAUUUUGGGGUCGUCAAAGAAGAAAUUGCCGAUGACUCCACAAUUUUGCCUUGCUUUAAUUUACGAGUUGUUUCUUGGCUCGUUACUGCCGAUGGAUCCAAUCAGUCGGAUAAUUGUUCCGAAAUGCCACACAGUGAAAUAGAAAGUCGAGUGGGUAAGUUGAGAACUCGUCGGUGUGUUAAACAUUUGCGCCAUUUACAUGUUUGCAUCAUCGUUACAGCCACCAAUCUCCGGAAACCAAUGCUAAACAUGAAUUCGAACAUUAUGAACAUCCCGCCAAAUCCGUUGACAUAUCAAAGUGCGUCUGUAAUGUCCAGUGACUUAGACUCGACCAGUCUGUUCGAAACGGAAAGCGAAAUCACAUUAGAUAGAGACAUGACAGAAUGCAGCAGUGUGCAACGAUUACAAGUGCGAAAGAAACCGCAAAGACGUAAGAAGCGCGCCCCAAGUAUGAGUCGAACGUCCAGUUACAGUUCCAUCACCGAUUCGACCAUGUCACUCAACAUCAUCACAGUUUCCAUCAACAUGGAAGCGGUUAACUUUCUCGGAAUUUCAAUUGUCGGUCAAUCGAACCGUGGCGGAGACGGUGGAAUUUAUGUGGGCAGCAUAAUGAAAGGCGGAGCUGUUGCUUUGGAUGGACGAAUUGAACCGGGCGACAUGAUUCUGCAGGUGAACGACGUAAAUUUCGAGAAUAUGACGAACGAUGAAGCGGUUCGCGUUCUUCGAGAGGUCGUAUCGAAGCCGGGACCGAUAAAGCUAGUUGUUGCCAAAUGCUGGGACCCAAAUCCAAAGGGCUAUUUCACAAUUCCUCGAACCGAACCGGUUCGACCGAUUGAUCCGGGCGCUUGGGUCGCACACACACAGGCAUUAACGUCACACAAUCACGAAAACAUGUGCCAAGAAAUUCAAGAGCCUACACGCGAGCGCCUCGAUCGCAAUAAUUUGGAAGAGAUUGUCAAAGCAAUGACCAAACCGGACAGUGGAUUAGACAUUCGUGAUCGUAUGUGGCUGAAAAUAACCGUUCCCAAUGCAUUUAUCGGCUCGGAUGCGGUGAAUUGGGUGCUGGAAAAUGUGGAUGGAGUCAGUGAUCGGCGAGAGGCUAGACGCAUCGUUUCAUCAAUGUUACGUGCGAAUUUAAUAAGACACACCGUCAACAAGCUUACCUUUUCGGAGCACAGCUACUAUGUGUUGGGCGACGGUAAAAAUAAAUGUAAGCGCAACGGCUCAUCAAGCCUUUUGUCAUUCUUGACAUCGGUCACUAACAUUUGUUCGUUUCCAAUUGCAGCAGGUAGAUCGACAAUUAGUCUGGGCGGAGAUACGGACAGUAUUGCUAGUGAUAUAGCUCCAUUACCAAAUCCUCCAGUCUACAUGCCAUAUUCGGGGACUUACAAUCCCAGCCAUGGUUAUCAACCGAUUCAGUAUGGAUGCACCGAUCGACAUAUAUCGUCAGGCUCAAGCAGCUCUGAUGUGUUGACCAGUAAAGAUAUUUCAGCAUCACAGAGUGAUAUUACAUCGAUAAUACAACAGACUAAUCACAUGACUAUAACGAAUGGCUCAAACAAAUCAUCUGGUUCCUCAAAUCGCGGCAAUAACGACCAAGAAAUAUCGGUUUUCAGUUACGUUUUAUAGAGUACAGGGUCUACUCGACGACAAUGGCUGCUAAAUUUUCUUUUCGUUUUUUUUUUGUUCGUUAAUCCAUCCAUCGGACGUCUAAGUAUGAGAGUUACUAAAACGGUUAGUCAUUGGUGUCGAUAAUGACAAAAAUAAGCGAUUAGCCUCAAAUAGCAUUAUUUACAGAAAAAUCUAUUUUUUAACAAAUGAAGUAAUAGAUCUCGUGUCAAACAAACGAAGUAACAGAACAAAGUAACGAAUAUAUCGCGACUUGUUUGCCAUUUUGAAUAAUUUAGGAGAGUCAGGGUUUGAUAGUGAUCGGAAUAUCAAAAUAAUCUAUGGUGUUAGUAGACGACAAAUUAGUUGCGAAUUCCCGGUAUAGCCAGUCCGGCACUGUAGAUUGAUCAUUUUGUGCCAACUAUCAAAUCGGAUGCGCAUUGGAAAAUAUGAUCCUUUCUUUGAUGUGAAAUUUACCAGACAUUUGCUACCGACAACAACGACAAAGAUAAGCAAUGAAGUCAGGCAUACCGUUUCUUGUAUAGCCUACGCCUCUUUCUAAAAUGUUGAGACGAAAAUGUUGAGGACAAUGGGUGUCCUAAUGAAGGCAGAUGUGUCUUAGAAGUGUUAAACCUGAAAAUACAGUUUUUAUUCAAUGAUGAUGUUCAAAGGUUAAGCUGGACGGUACGACCGACCUUUUAAUCAUUUUUAGCCCCGUACGAAGUACAAAGGGGCUUAUAGGAUUACGAUGCCGUGUGUAAUUGAUGGAAU